GUAGUGGGGGAAGUGUGUUGUCCUUAUGUCACUGUGCGCUGAAAUUGGGGGUCGGGGGGGCAGAGGACUGCACCGGUGGGGCUCAAGGCCUGGGUCUAGUGCGCGGACCAUGUCCCUACGUUUUAUAGAUCUGCGGCCUCUUGGCUAAUGGGACUGGGACAGAGGGGGCCCGGAGCUCAAACUCCAGGGCAGGUGAGAAAACCUGUAGGCUGUAACCAUUGCUCCCUGAGCAGAGUCAGCCCCCCAACCCCCAAACAAACUUUCCAGCGCCCCCUCCCUGCUCCGCAGCCCCCUCCCUGUCUCCGGGAGACCGCGACCGCUAGAGCUCACACAUGCGCAGUGCGAGCCCAGGGCCGGGCAGCUGAGCAGGAAGAGAGCGCAGCUAGGCGGGCGGCUGGGCCUGUUAAUUGGCAAUUAGGGUGGAGGCUGGUGGCUGGUGCGCGUCGGCGGAGGGGAGAGCGUCUGCCCACCCCUGCUCCCACCCCCACUCGAGCGGAUGGAAAGAUGGGAGGUGCUCUGCGCUGCGGGUGGACGGGUGGGGGUGGGGCUGGGGGACUCGGUACUCGGUACUCAAAAGCCAUCUUGUGCUUGGAGAAAGGGGGCUAAUCUGCCUUCUCUCCCCGCGGCCCGGAGUCCCCCACCCCCAGCCGCCGCCACCCCACCCAGGAUACCCACUGGGCUGCUUCACCCGCGUCGCCUGGCUGCUCUGGGCUGGGAUCUGCCCUGUCUGGGGCGGAGGUGGGAAUUGGGGAGGCCCCUGGAUGGGUGGGGACAGGACCAGGCCUCGCUGGCGGGGCCUCCUGGGUGAGCGGAGACAGUGAGGACUCAAGGCACGGCUGGCUCAUGGGGUAGGGACGUCAGAAUUGGGCGGCCUGGAGGGUCCCGGGCGCUCGGGAGCUUCUUAAUAAUUGGUGCUAAUGGCGUGUGGUAUAGUCUUAACCCAACACACAUGGUUGCAUAACACAGUGGCUUAAUUUCUUCCAAAUGUACGUAGCCCUGAAUGUGUUGCAGCUUGAUAUAUGACCCCGCCCUGCUCCCUGGCCUGGGUCCGAGGCGGCACCUAUAUGUGUGAGCUUCUGUUUAUAAAGGGCGGUGAUGCACACACAAUCGCUUACACAGCCAGGCAGACACACCCCAGAGCUGGGGGAGGGGGGUGCAUAUUCCUGGAGAGAUCCAAGAGUCUGGGGGCCAGAGUCCCCUCCAGUCCGAGCCAAGAGCACCCCCCCCCCAUCUUCUUCCAACCAUGCGACUGGGCUUCUCCGCCAAGCCCGAGUGGGGGAGGGGAUCACUCCUCGAUUUCCUGUUUAAACCCCGACCGGUCGCCUGGGGGGGGGGGAAUGGAGGGGGUGGAUAACCUGUUUUUAUCAAAUUCUUAAAAAUAUAAUUCGACUGCAUUCAAAUCAAACCCCUUGGGCCCGAGUUGACGGUGAAUCUUCCCUCCCCUACCCCCACAAUCCCCUUCCCUUCCUCUCCUGCCCCCCCAAAAUUCCCCUUUCGCAGCCCACAUAAAGGCCUCGGAGGUAUUCUCCCGGGGAAAGAAAUGGCAUUUUCUCUACCCCUUCCACCCCCCCACCCCCAGUAGGACUUGUGUGUGUCGGCCGAGGCGUCUGCCGAGGGGCUAAUUUCGCGUUCCUUGUUUACGAUCGAGAAAAGCACUUGGCUCUUCCCAAAUGGGCCCAGCCCGCCGCCUGCUCGGGCGGCCGCGCGCUCUCCCGCCGCUCCGGCGCGGCCCAGGGGCUGACGCCCCGGGGAGCCCGGCUGUGGCCGCCGAGGCCCCGAGUCCGUGCAACCUGCAAGGGGCAAGGGGAGUACAGUGGGCCAGUGGAGGGGCCCCGGAAGCCUGAAAAUGGGAGCCUUUCUCCUGGCGUACUGUGGGAACCGCCGAUCGCGGGGGCUCAACCCCCAGACCUCCAGAAAUGACGUCAGAAUCAUUUGCAUCCCGCUGCCUCUACCUGCCCUGUCCAGCUGGGACCCUGCCUCGCCGGCCCCAUGGCCAGAGGGUUGGAAAUUAAUGAUCAUGAGCUCGUAUUUGAUGGACUCUAACUACAUCGAUCCGAAAUUUCCUCCAUGCGAAGAAUAUUCGCAAAAUAGCUACAUCCCUGAACACAGUCCGGAAUAUUACGGCCGGACCAGGGAAUCGGGAUUCCAGCAUCACCACCAGGAGCUGUACCCACCACCGCCUCCGCGCCCUAGCUACCCUGAGCGCCAGUAUAGCUGCACCAGUCUCCAGGGGCCGGGCAAUUCGCGAGGCCACGGCCCGGCCCAGGCGGGCCACCACCACCCCGAGAAAUCACAGCCGCUCUGCGAGCCGGCGCCUCUCUCAGGCGCCUCCGCCUCCCCGUCCCCAGCCCCGCCAGCCUGCAGCCAGCCAGCCCCUGACCAUCCCUCCAGCGCCGCCAGCAAGCAACCCAUAGUCUACCCAUGGAUGAAAAAAAUCCACGUUAGCACGGUGAACCCCAAUUAUAACGGAGGGGAACCCAAGCGCUCGAGGACAGCCUACACCCGGCAGCAAGUCCUGGAAUUAGAGAAAGAGUUUCAUUACAAUCGCUACCUGACCCGAAGGAGAAGGAUCGAGAUCGCCCACUCGCUGUGCCUCUCUGAGAGGCAGAUCAAAAUCUGGUUCCAAAACCGUCGCAUGAAAUGGAAGAAGGACCACCGACUCCCCAACACCAAAGUCAGGUCAGCGCCCCCGGCGGGCGCUGUGCCCAGCACCCUCUCGGCAGCCACCCCGGGCACUUCUGAAGACCACUCCCAGAGCGCCACGCCACCGGAGCAGCAACGGGCAGAGGACAUUACCAGGUUAUAAAACAUAACUCACACCCUGCCCCCACCCCAGGCCCCCAUCCUCCCCUCACACACAAAUUGACUCUUAUUUAUAGAAUUUAAUAUAUAUAUAUAUUUUGGUUCUUUUCUCUCUUCCUCCCACCUUAUCCCUCGUCAUUUCCAAACAGACAAAACAGAUAAACAAACAAGCCCCCUGCCCUUCUCUCCUUUCCACUGUUAAGGACCCUUUUAAGCAUGUGAUGUUGUCUUAGCAUGGUACCUGCUGGGGUUUUUUUUUAAGGCCAUUUUGGGGGGUUAUUUAUUUUUUAAGGAAAAAAAGCUGCAAAAAUUAUAUAUUGCAAGGUACGAUGGUCUGGUUUAGGUGCGUUUCAGGGGAAAUGAGGAAAAGAAAAAAGGAAAGAGAUUUUUAAGCCAAUUCUCCUCCUUCUUCUUUCUCCUCCUCCUCCUUCCCCGCUCUUUCCUUAGGCCUUUUGCAUUGAAAAUGCACCAGGGGAGGUUAGUGAGGGGGAAGUCAUUUUAAGGAGAACAAAGCUAUGAAGUUCUUUUGUAUUAUUGUUGGGGGGAGCUGGGAGGAGAGGGGGGAAGACAGCAGACAAAGCUAAAUGCAUCUGGAGAGCCUCUCAGAGCUGUUCAGUUUGAGGAGCCAAAAGAAAAUAAAAAUGAACUUUCAGUUCAGAGAGGCAGUCUAUAGGUAGAAUACCCCUCAUCCCCCCAUCGUGGUUAUUGUGUUUUUGGACUGAAUUUACUUGAUUAUUGUAAAACUUGCAAUAAAGAAUUUUAGUGUCGAUGUGAAA